AUGGACACAAAUGCAAUUACAAGACUUUUAAGGGAUGCAGCAGAGGCCCUGGAGCAGAGCACCUUAUUGACAACCGGCCCUCCCCAGCAGCCUUCGGUUGAAUGUGCUCCAGAUCGACGGGCACAAGAGGUAGUAACGUUGCAAGGUGAGGUGAAUCGAUUAUUUUCACCCUACCCUCGUCGUCCAGUUAAUCAACUAAGAAGAACUGGGCAUUUCCCUCCUUCACAAUCUCCUAGACUGAAAAAAAAGUGUGUGUCAUACACACACAGAUUCUUUUGCCUAGCCAAGAGGAAAGAUUCAGAAGUUCCAAAGGUGCCAGAAAAAUUUCAACUGGAGAGAGCUGGACUUGGAGAAAAGAAAAUUAUUUUCUCUGACAAAUACUCUUCUUCGUCAGAGUUUAGUCAAGAACUCAUGCGCCAGUUCCCAAAACUGAGUGAAGCUGGUGGUUUUCAGCUUUUAAAGACGAGAGGCUGCACCAGGACAAAAAUUCUGGAACCUAUCCCAUGUCCAGAUGAAGGCUACUCUCCUGAAUAUUUGUGCUCUGAUGCAGUCGGUAUAGGAGCUGCAACAAUUUAUGUAAGACCCCUGCAAAAAGAUCUGAAUACAGAAGUUGCUGUAGGACAAGUGUCUGGAAAUGGGCCACCAGUGGUCUGUUUGUAUUGCAGCAAGAUUUUCCCAUUACCGGAGAUACAAGAACAUGUUGAUUGCUGUGAACUGUAA